AUGAAAGGAGGUGGUUGCAAAGACACGUUCACGGCUUGGGAAGAUUGCGUUGAGGAAGCUGAGAAGAACAAGGAAGAUAUCGUCACUAAGUGUAUGGAAGUCACUUCGGCGUUGAAGAAGUGUAUGGAUGCUAACUCUGACUACUACCAGCCGAUUCUCGCGGCGGAGAAAGCUGCUGAAGAAGAGGUGAAGAAGGAGCUUGAAGCCCAGAAGAUCGCUGAAGAGGAGGUGGCUGCGAAGAAGCAAGCUCAGGGAUGA